ACCCUACGACGCGUCCAUUCCGGUUUGUGCACAGGAGACAUAUCACUCAUCGGCCGUUGGUUCAGGACCUAUUUUGACAUUUUUUAGCCUGUUUUUCUCAAUAAAAUAUAUAAAAUUACAAUGUUUUAACCUAAAUAUGACGUAUCUGAAUUUCUAAAUGACGGCUUUAGCAGUAAUAUAUUUUUUAUGCACCAUGACACACUAUGGUUUGCGCCACUGAUACCAUUGUAGCAAUGACAUAUUUUUCCGUUUUAAUCUCAGUUUUAUUUUGUCGGGUAGUGACGCUUGAGACCACGCCCCUAGAUUUUUUAAAACUAAAGUCUCAUACACUUUGUCCUUGAAAUUAUUAUUAUAUUGAUAAUAGACUGCAAUUUCAUUUGACUGUUUCUCAGCAACACCCCGCCUUCAACCUCAAUGGUUUCUUCCAUCAUGGACGCCAUUCACUGACGUUGAUUCAGACACUGCCAGGUCUCUGUCUCACAGCAGCAUCAUGAGCGAGCUGAAGGACUGUCCCCCACUGAAAUACUACGACUUCAAGCCUGUCGAGCAUGUCAAGGUUUGUCCCCGCUACACUGCUGUGCUCGGCCGCUCAGAGGACGAUGGCAUCGGCAUUGAGGAGCUGGACACCCUGCAGCUGGAGCUGGAGACACUCCUGUCUUCAGCCAGCCGCCGCCUCCGAGCCCUGGAGGAGCAGAGACAGAUCCUGACAGACUGGCAGGACAAGAAGGGAGACAAACGCUUUCUGAAGCUGGGAAAAGAUCCAGACCCCGCUGCGUCUUCUCGCCACAAACCAAAGAAGCAGAAGUUGGACGGCAAAGGCGGUCAUGCACCAGGUCCAGGUCCUGGCAGACCCAAAUCCAAAAAUCUACAGCCUAAAGUCCAAGAAUAUGAGUUUACAGACGACCCACAAGACAUUCCCCGCACACCUAAAAACGAUGCACCCAACAGAUUUUGGGCAUCAGUUGAGCCAUAUUGUGCUGAUAUUACAAAUGAAGAGACACGUUUGCUAGAAGAGCUUCUCAAACCCCCGGAGGAUGAGGCUGAGUAUUUCAAAAUUCCAGCUCUGGGGAAACACUACUCUCAGCGGUGGGCUCAGGAAGAUCUGCUGGAGGAGCAGAGGGAAGGAGCUCGAGCCAACGACAAGAAAAAGAGCCUCAUGGGAGGGCCGCUGUCUGAGCUGGAUGCUAAAGAUGUGGACUCCCUGUUGAAAAAGUCCGAGUCCCAGCAUGAAUCUCCAGAAGACGGUUGUCCCUUCGGUCCUCUUACACAGCGUCUGCUCCAGGCCCUUGUAGAGGAGAACAUUAUUUCACCCAUGGAGGAUUCUCCUAUACCUGACAUUUCAGGGAAGGAUGCUAUGGAUGGUGCUGGGACCUCUCCCCGAAGCCAAGGAAAAGCUUUUAGUGUUCCUCACACACGCUCUCUGGAGGCUCGGAUCAAAGAGGAGCUGGUGGCUCAGGGGCUGCUGGACUCUGAGGAGCGACCUGGACCAGGAGGAGACUCUGAGGACGAGGUCCUGGCCGAGCUGCAGAAGAGACAAGCAGAGCUCAAAGCCCUGAGUGCUCACAACAGAGCGCGUAAGCAGGAGCUGCUCCGGUUGGCGAAAGAGGAGAUGCGCAAGCAGGAGCUGAGGCAGAGAGUCAGGGUGUCUGACAACGAGGUCAUGGAGGGAUUUCGGCGAAUCAUGGCAGCCAGGCAGAAGAAACGCACUCCAACCAAGAAGGAGAAGGACCAGGCCUGGAAGGCCCUGAAGGAGAGGGAAAGCAUCCUCAAGUUACUGGAUGGAUAAAGGAACAGUUAGUGUGUGUUUGUUAUCCAACAGAUUGACACAGAUUAGAGCAGCUGUGACAGCUGUGAGACGGUCAGUGAACAGCUGUAUUUAUGAUGAUGUAUGAUACAGUCUACUGCAGGUCUGCGUGAUUUGACUAAAGACAUUUGUGUAGUAGUUUUUAUGUCCUGUACAACAGAAUGCUCAUGUGAUCAUUAACGUUUAGUACACAUCAGAGACUUUUUCUCCUUUGUUGAUUUUUUUUUCUUUGUCAUUAAAAUUAUGUUUUUUAUUUUUAUCUUUGUAAUGGAAUGAAAACAAUACACAUGAAUGUUUGAAUAAAUCACUUAAAGAAA